GGAAUUAAUUCUAAAACCAAAUGUCCCGCGUACAUUUACAUUUGUUUCCACUUGGCGAGUAGUUGCGCUCAAAGUAGCGCAACAAAUUGCCGCCUCGCUGGCUUAUCAAACAACGCGCUGGCAAGAGCUGAAGCCAUUGCUGGUUGGAGAUGAAGAGGAUGCGACUGACUUCUGAGGUGCACAACACAAAGACCAUGCUGUAGCUUUGGUAUCAGUGAAGCUCAUUGGGACCAGCUUGGAUCCAGUGGAGUUUCAAAGGUUCCAGCUUACCUCAAAGCUCUGCCAUGGACUUCUUUAAUGACCCCAACCUCUUUGUUGGAGGUUUGGAAGGGCUGGAUGAGGAUGGCUUCCCCUUAGCUCCUUCACUUGUGGAUGAGCUAAACCUUAGUGCUGAAUUUGAGCCCCUCCAAGUGGGGCCUCUAGGUUCAGGAAAGCACCAAGACAUAAUACCACCAGUGUCAACCCAGCAAACCAUGCCCGUUUACAGUGAGCAGAUGGGCCACUACGUUGGUGUCAAAGGACAGAAUCCUAUGGGUCAGCCAUUUUCUGGUCCAGGGGACCAGGGUGGUGGUGGUCGGGGUAUGAUCGCAGAUCAGCACGGCCAGUACCACAAUGUCAUGAGCCAAGUACCUCAAUCCAAUGGGCUGUACUGCAACAGUAGCAGUCCAAUGUGGGGGAACCAAGACCAGAAUGGGAAUAUGUACCACCAAUUGUCUCAGCAGCAUCAGCAACAACAGCUUUGUCAUCAGCAGCAGCAAUUGCAUGUCCGACAACAUCAAACACAGCAGCAACAACAUCACCCAUGUCAUCAUCCACAACAGCGACAGCAGCAGCUGCAUCAUCAGCAAAGUCAUCAGCAGCAGCUGUUAAACCAGCGCCAGCACCAAAUUAACGCACAGACUUUGUCUUUGCAGCAACAGCAGCAUCAUAAUUUCUCCUUUCACCAGGGAGGUCAGUCUCAAGUUCACCAUACUCAACAGGUUCAGCACCAACUGUCUGCAGGUGGACCCAGGUUCCAUUCAAGGGCUCUACAGAAUAAACCCUAUUUGGAUCAGCAAAACACCUCUUUAAGUGGGACGUGUAUACAGCCACCGCAGCAGCAGGGUAGCUACCAGCUGCCCAGGGGAGGUCAAGCCUUCUCUGGAUCAGGACCACAAGACCCUAACCUGCCCUUUCCCAUGCAUUCAUCAUCUAUGGUCCAUUCUCUGCCCACAUGUUCUGUCAGUUCUGCCUCUCCUUACCAACCAGCUCAGUACCCAGCCUACCCUGGAGAGCCUGAAAUACCAGCUCUCAGUCAGCACUCUUUGUCCAGAGCCUCAGAGUCAAGGCCCACCACCAUCAAUGCACCUCUCACUUCUACAAUGCCUGAGCUACCAGGGACAGCACAUCAGUUUCCACCUACAACUGCGGUGAGUCAGCAGCUCACCAGGGCCCCUGUCAGUCAGGCAAAGGAAUGUCCUUUCCAGACCCUACGCUGUUCUGGGGAAACACAGGAAAACUGCAAGCAAUCUGAGUUGUUUGGAGAAUCUAUGAGUUGCUACCCAAACACGACCAACCACCUGCCUUCUGAGCAGCCUCAGAGCUGCGGGGCCAUCAACACUAAUGGAUACGAAGCACCGGGAGACAAUAUCCUGCAAUCACAAGAAGGAGACUUGGAAGGCCUAGAGCCUCCUGACCUUCUUCCUGACCUAAUGCCCCAGCUGGAGGCUGCUUUCAGCCAACAGGAUGAAUCCAACUGUUCCUGGGUCGAGUCCAGCCAAGAGGGGAACGAUGAGGAAAGGAAACCCCCACCUGUUGAGUUCAAAGAUGGGAAGCCUCGAAAAAAUGCUAACGGUCCCAGCAGCCAGGUCCGGGUUCUCAGUCCUCCAAUGAAGAGCAGCUCAUCAUCCUCCUCCUCUUCCUCAUCAUCUUCGUCCUCAUCCAGCUCUCCAGCGGAGAAGAAGACUCAGCGGAGGACGCAUCAUCAGAUGGAGUCAAAUCUACAGGACAAGCAGGAGAAGGCCAACAGAAUUAUAUCAGAGGCUAUUGCUAAGGCCCGGCAGCGUGGGGAGAAGAACAUCCCCAGAGUUAUGAGCCCCGAGAGCUUCCCCAGCUCUUCUUCACAGUACAAGAGCCACCGUGACCGCGAGCACAAAGGAAACGGCAAAGCACGGCCAAAAGAGAAGGCCUGCAGGAAGGUCUGCAUUGUACCCUCAUCCAAGCCCAAGCAGAAGGCCAAGAUCGGGAAAAUUGUCAUCAAGAUUGGAAAAAAGAAAAAGCGAAAGCCUGAGUCUUCAGAGGAGGAGUCGGAUGAUGACCCUCCUCAUCGACACACUUCUAAAGACGUCGACUCUAAGAGGCGAUCUAAUCGUCAGGUGAAAAGGAAGAAAUAUGCUGAAGAGCUGGAGGCAAGGUUGUCAGAUGAAGAUGUCAAGGUUAUUGUCAAGGCCAAGAAAACCAACACUGCAGCAUCCAAGGAGCCUUCAGUCCAACUCUUUGUUGAAAAUCCCAGUGAGGAAGAUGCUGCUGUCGUUGACAAAAUCAUGUCUUCUCGUGUCAUCAAGAAGGAGGUGUCUCCAGGAGUUGUGGUCGAAGUGGAGGAGUUCUUUGUAAAAUACAAGAACUACUCCUACCUACACUGUGAGUGGGCCACAGAGCAGCAGCUGGAGAAGGACAAGAGGAUUCAGCAGAAGAUCAAACGCUUCAAGAUGAAACAGGCGCAGAGGGCACUCUUCUUUGCAGAUAUGGAAGAGGAGCCCUUUAACCCUGACUAUGUAGAAGUAGACAGAGUGCUGGAGGUUUCAUAUUGCGAGGACAAAGACACAGGAGAGGAGGUGGUGUACUACCUGGUGAAGUGGUGCUCUCUGCCUUACGAGGACAGCACUUGGGAGCUGAAAGAUGACGUUGAUCAGAGCAAGAUAGAGGAGUUUGAGCAGCUGCAGGCAGCAAAGCCAGACUCACGCAGGAUGGAACGACCCCCGGCCAAUCAUUGGAAGAAGAGGGAGCAGUCGAGGGAAUACAGGAACAGCAACUGCCUCAGGGACUACCAGCUCGAAGGGGUCAACUGGCUCCUCUUCAAUUGGUACAACAGACGAAACUGCAUCCUGGCAGAUGAGAUGGGCCUGGGAAAAACCAUCCAGUCCAUCACAUUCCUAGAGGAGAUCCAUCGUGUGGGCAUCAAAGGGCCGUUUCUCAUCAUUGCGCCACUCUCUACCAUCGCCAACUGGGAGCGCGAGUUCCGUACCUGGACUUAUCUCAAUGUCAUCGUCUACCAUGGAAGCAUGGUCAGCAGGCAGAUGCUCCAGCAGUACGAGAUGUAUUUCAGGGAUGCACAGGGCCGAGUUAUUCGAGGUGCCUACAGGUUUCAGGCUGUUAUCACCACUUUCGAGAUGAUCCUGGGAGGAUGUCCCGAACUCAAUGCCGUAGAGUGGCGCUGUGUUAUCAUUGAUGAGGCUCACCGCCUCAAGAACAAGAACUGCAAGCUGCUAGAGGGCUUCAAGCUAAUGAGCCUGGAGCACAAAGUCCUGCUGACAGGUACUCCUCUCCAGAACACUGUGGAGGAGCUCUUUAGCCUGCUACACUUCUUGGAGCCAGCACGCUUCCCCUCAGAAAACACCUUCAUGCAGGAGUUUGGAGACCUCAAGACUGAGGAGCAGGUACAAAAGCUACAGGGCAUACUGAAGCCCAUGAUGCUGCGACGAUUGAAAGAGGAUGUGGAGAAGAAGUUGGCUCCGAAAGAGGAGACGAUCAUUGAGGUUGAGCUCACAAAUAUUCAGAAGAAAUACUACAGAGCAAUCCUUGAGAAGAACUUCUCUUUCCUGGCUAAAGGAGCUGGCCAGGCAAACAUGCCCAACCUGGUCAACACCAUGAUGGAGCUGCGAAAGUGCUGCAACCACCCCUACCUCAUCAAAGGGGCAGAAGAAAAGAUCUUGGAGGACUUCAGGGAGGUGUACAGCCCUACUGCCAUGGACUUUCACCUACAGGCUAUGGUGCAGUCUGCAGGGAAGCUGGUCCUUAUUGAUAAGCUGCUGCCCAAGAUGAAGGCUGGAGGACACAGGGUGCUCAUCUUCUCCCAAAUGGUGCGCUGCCUGGACAUCUUGGAAGACUACCUCAUUCAGAGAAGGUACUUGUAUGAGCGGAUAGAUGGACGUGUUCGUGGCAACCUGCGACAGGCAGCCAUUGACCGCUUCAGUAAGCCUGACUCAGAGCGCUUUGUUUUCCUCCUCUGCACGAGAGCUGGAGGACUGGGAAUCAACCUCACAGCUGCAGACACCUGUAUCAUCUUUGACUCUGACUGGAACCCUCAGAACGACCUGCAGGCCCAGGCUCGCUGCCAUCGGAUCGGUCAGGACAAGGCGGUCAAGGUGUAUCGGCUCAUCACCAGGAACUCGUACGAGAGAGAAAUGUUUGAUAGAGCCAGCCUCAAGCUGGGCUUGGACAAAGCAGUACUGCAGAGCAUGAGUGGACGAGAUAACAGCCUGGGGGGAGGCACAGGGGGAGGGGCUGUGCAGCAGCAGCUAUCUAAGAAAGAAAUCGAGGAUCUGUUGCGACGUGGUGCAUAUGGGGCGAUCAUGGAUGAGGAGGAUGAAGGGGCAAAAUUCUGUGAAGAGGACAUUGACCAGAUUCUCCAGCGCAGGACCAAGACCAUCACCAUCGAGUCUGAGGGACGAGGAUCUACCUUUGCUAAGGCGAGUUUUGUGGCGUCCGGAAACCGCACAGACAUUUCACUGGAUGACCCUAACUUUUGGGACAAAUGGGCUAAAAAGGCUGACAUUGACAUGGAACUGGUCAAUGGAAGAAACAGCCUGGUGAUCGACACCCCUCGUGUCAGAAAGCAGACAAGGCCAUUUAGCUCAACAAAGGAUGAGUUAGCUGAGCUCUCAGAGGGUGAUAGCGAUGACGACGAGACCAAACCUAAGCUCAGGCGAAACUACGACCGUCUCAACAGCUAUGGACGCACAGAGUGCUUCAGAGUGGAAAAGAACCUCCUUGUUUAUGGUUGGGGUCGUUGGAAGGAUAUUCUGAACCAUGGGCGUUUUAAGAAGCAGCUUACAGAGUGGGAUGUGGAGUCCAUCUGCAGGGCCCUGCUGGCUUACUGCCUGGUCCAUUAUCGGGGAGACGACAAAAUCAAAAGCUUCAUGUGGGACCUGAUUGCUCCUACUGAGGAUGGACAAACCAAAGAGCUGCAGAAUCACCUGGGUUUAUCUGCCCCAGUCCCUCGGGGCAGGAAGGGGAAGAAGAUGAAGACACAGUCUAGCUCUUUUGACAUCCACAAAGCUGAGUGGCUCAGGAAGCACAACCCAGAGCACAUGCUUCAGGAUGAUGGCUACAAGAAACACCUUAAACACCACUGCAACAAGGUGCUGCUCAGGGUCAGAAUGCUUUACUACCUGAAACAAGAGGUGAUAGGGAGCCAGGCCCAGAAGGUGCUGGACGGUGCAGACUCCAGUGAGAUUAAGAUCUGGGUACCAGAUCCGGACCAUUCAGAGCUGCCAGCUUUGUGGUGGGAUGCCAUUGCUGACAAGUGUUUGCUACUGGGCAUCUUCAAGCAUGGUUAUGAGAAGUACAACACUAUUCGUGCAGACCCGACUUUGUGCUUCAUAGAGCGCGUGGGACGACCAGAUGAGAAGGCCAUCGCUGCUGAACAGAGAGGCAAUGAUUUCAUGGAUGGGGAUGUGGAUGAUCCAGAAUACAAGCCAGCCCCAGCCCUGCUGAAGGACGAUAUGGAAGAUGAUGCCUCUUCCCCUGGAGACUUGGUGGUCACUGACAACGCUGGAGAUGCAGUUCCAGUGACUGGAGGUGAAACUGUCUACUGGCCCUCCUCAUCUGUGCUUACAGCAAGGCUGAGACGCCUCAUCACUGCCUCACAGCGCUUCACCAAGAGCCGGCAGAUCCUCCAAAUCCACCAGACUCAGUCACAGUCCCAGCCCACAAUGAUACUGGCUGCUCCACUCUGCCCACUACCCCCCACUCUUAAUGACACCUUGAACCCCAAGAUGGCUGCCAAGAUUGAACGCCAGCAAAGAUGGACCAGGCGAGAAGAGGCAGACUUCUACCGUGUGGUCUCCACAUUUGGUGUUGUUUUUGACCCGAACCUCGGCCGAUUCGACUGGACCAAGUUCAGGGCGAUGGCUCGGCUGCACAAGAAGACUGACGAGAGCCUGCAGAAAUACUUGUGUGCUUUUACUGCCAUGUGCCGAAGGGUGUGUCGCCUGCCACCCAAAGAGGGAGACUCUGCGGUGGACCCAUCUCUAACCAUCCAGCCCAUCACAGAGGAGCGAGCAUCUCGUACGCUGUACAGAGUGGAGCUUCUCCGCCAGGUGAGGGAGCAGGUCCUCCGUCAUCCCUUACUGUACGAGCGCCUGCCACUGUGUCAGAUGAGCUCCGACUUACCUGUGUGGUGGGAAGCAGGUACUCAUGACCGCGAUCUGCUGAUCGGUGCUGCCAAACAUGGAGUGAGCCGCACAGACUAUCACAUCCUGAGGGACCCUGAGCUCAGUUUCAUGGCUGCCCAACGCAACUACAGCCAAACAAAAGCUACAGCACAGCAGCAAUCCCACACAUCCACCCCACUUCCAAACCCUCAGUGCCAGGCUGCCAGCUCAGUGUUAACAGGCUCUCCUCUGCCUCCACCAACUCAGAGAGGCACUGAGCCUGGCACAGUAGUGCCCAAAGUGGAACCAACCUCAGAGGGGGAGGAGAGCAAGGAGAAGCCUGGGGAAAGGUGGAGCCCUCCUCCAGCACCAGCCACUCCCACAGGUCUGGAGGAAAAGCCAGUGAUCGAGGCCCGGGACAGCGAGAAGAAGAUGGUGGCAGCAAGAACCAAACCACUCACACCCAACUCCUCCGAGAGGAAACCCAAGAAGGCCAGCAAGAGAGGGCGCAGAGAGGCACGGCGAGGCUCAGAGUCUGACUCUGAUGGCUCUUCCUCCAGCUCCUCAUCACGCUCUUCUUCCUCUUCCUCAUCCUCCUCUUCUUCCUCAUCACAUUCCGGGUCCAGCUCUUCCUCCUCUUCUUCUUCUUGCUCUUCUGGGUCUUCAUCAUCAUCAUCAUCCUCCUCAUCUUCUUCUGAUGAUAGCGACAGUGAGGGAGAGGAAGGGAAGAAGAAAGUGCCUGCUGCAAGUGUAAAGGGCUUCGAUGAGGACAGCGUGGCAUCUCUGAGCACGACACAGGAUGAAACACAAGACACCCAUGUGGCUGAAAAUGGCAUCAACAACAACUCUUCGCAUCCUUUCCAGGGAGGAGGGUACAUGCUCGCUGCAUCCUACUGGCCAAAGGAUCGAGUGAUUAUCAACCGCCUGGAUAGUAUUUGCCAGGCAGUUCUCAAGGGCAAGUGGCCAGGAACACGUCGAGUGUACGAGCCUGGAGGUGCAGUAGCCUCCUUUUACACCACCAAGCUGCUGGAUAAUGCCAACAGCCUGUGCGAGGACCCCUCUGCCUCACCACAGGGGUCUAAGGUGACCAAGCAUGUUGCAGAAAACAAGGAGUUCUCAGUAAAACUCAAUGAUCAAGAGGGAGGUCUUAAACUGACCUUCCAGAAACAAGGUCUACCUCUAAAGAGGCCCCUUGAGUCAGAAGAGGGUCCCCAGGCCCAGCAGCAGUACCUGGCAAGGCUUCAUGAGCUUCAGAGCGCCUCAGACACAGGCCUGGCUGACAUCACCAAGCCGCAGUGCAGCUUCCAAACUGCACCUCCAGAUCUGACCAGUCAGAUGAGGCUAAACGGAGUGCUGGAUGGCCAGCCAGUAGUGAAGAGACGGAGGGGGCGGAGGAAGAACGUGGAGGGAAUGGACCUGCUCUUUAUGAAUAGGAGCAGAGUUCCUGCUGUUCCUGAUCAGGUGCCUCCAGGGUGGGGUGGUAUUGGCCAGGUGGGCAUGGCUGUGGCCCCCAUGCCAGGAUUCAGCCAGAGCUCUAGUCAGGUCCCAGGAGACACUGACAACAGAGUCCCUGUCAUCAAUCUGAAAGAUGGAACCCGGCUCGCAGGGGACGACGCUCCGAAGAGGAAAGAUCUAGAUCUAUGGCUAAGAGAGCACCCUGGUUUUGUGGCAGACACAGGGGCCUUCAUCCCUGGGGUAAAUAAGAUGCAGAUGCAGUUCCACUUCCAGGACGGACGGCCGAAACAAAAGAGGCACCGCUGCAGAAACCCAAACAAGAUUGAUGUAAACAGCCUGACAGGAGAAGAGAGGGUCCAGAUCAUCAAUAGGAGAAAUGCACGCAAGGUGGGUGGUGCCUUUGCUCCUCCUCUGAAGGAUCUGUGCCGAUUCCUUCAGGAGAACCCUGAGUAUGGAGUCCCUCCUGAAUGGGCUGAUGUUGUCAAACAGUCGGGUUACCUCCCAGAGAGCAUGUUCGACAGGAUCCUAACAGGACCCAUCGUUCCUGAGGAGGUGAGCCGACGUGGACGCCGACCUAAAAAUCCCCUGGCCAAGGCAGCAGCUGCAGCCGCGGCAGCAGCAACAGCACCCAACCCAGCAGCCUCGGCUCUGGCUCUGAACCCUCUGCUAGCCAACGGCCUUCUGACUGGAAUGGACCUGACCAGCCUGCAGGCCUUCCAGCAAAACCUCCAGAGCUUACAGUCCCUACAGCUCACGGCGGGCUUGAUGGGGCUGCCAUCUGAUGCUAGCAAUCUGGCUGCAAGUAACCUGGCUGCCAUGUUUCCAAUGAUGCUCUCUGGUAUGGCUGGAAUCCCAAACCUCCUCAGCAUGAGCAGUUUGCUCGGGAACCCUGCUAAAGAGGGCUCAGGAGGCUCUGAAGAGAAGACAAAGGGAACCUUCAGCAGUGUUACAGGAGAGCCUUCAGCUUCUAAAGCCCCUUCUCACACCUCAGACACCAAAGGAGAAAGGACAGAGGGCUCAAACACGACUCCUUCCUCCACUUCCAGCUCCUCUUCCUCUGCCGCAGCCCCACAAAGUGCUUCAGCUGCCUCUGCAGCCUCCAGUCACCAACUGUCUCUUAACCCCUUGUUACUCUCCAGUAUGCUUUACCCAGGGAUGCUUCUCACUCCAGGCCUUAACCUUCCUGUGUCUGCCACACAGCCGCAGAGCUCCAACAGUGACCCUGCCCCUCCUCCUGCUCCUCUUCCUCCUCAGCCUGCAGCCUCCCAGUCAUUGGCACAGGAGACGGAGGUGCCAGCAGCAGAGAAGGACGGAGAGGAGGAGGAGGAGGAGUUAGAGGAGGCUUUGGAUGAAGAUGAAGGAGAGGAGUCAGCAGAACAAAAGGAGAACAGUGGUCCUGAUGGUUCAGGGAAAGCCGAGUCGUCUUCAUCAGAGUCUGGGAGCUCUUCUUCCUCAUCAGACGAUUCAGACUCCAGUGAUGAGGACUGAUCCUCUGAAUAUAUAAUUAUAGAUUUAUUUAUGUAUUGCCUAGAAAUGUAUACAUAUAUUCACAUAUAUAUGGAUUUUCCAGCACUUAUGUUGCGAUUUCUGUACAUGUAAAUACAAGAACUAACUAAAAUGUUGUGUAAUAAAGAUUACAAAAGCAUAAAAAAAAAACGAACAACUGACUUAAAGACACUGAAAUGAGAUUUCAGUUCUUGUUAAAUGGUACAGUCUUGUUUGAGACAUUUUGCAUGUCACACUUUAGUAGAUUUCUGAACUCUGUGAACUUGUACCACACCAUAAUGUACAAUUGCAACAAAAAAAGGCAUUAUUGUAAUUAUGUCAGGAUUUAAUUUUAUUAAAAAGGUGAAACUACAUCAACAUGCUCGUUGAGCUGUACUAUUAAUAUAUUUUGAUUGUCAGGGGUUGGGAGAACAAGACUUGACAAACACUUUGGUUUCUCUUGUAAAUAGUAAGAACUUUUACAGGUUUGUUGACACUUAUGCUUUGCAGAUCAUACAUUGGAUAUGUCAGCAAUAACUUGGGCAGCUAAUGAAUGUCACUGAAGCUGUAGAUUCUCUGUCUGCCAUGUUCCAACCCAGUGCACAACCCAACCUCACUUUCUUUCAUAUCACAUUAAGUAGUUUAUUUCUGCAUUUGUUCACGUCUUUUUCUUGGAAACAGACUUGCCCGAUGCUCCCUCUUUAAUGUCACUUCAACAUAGAGGAGGAUCUGCACAAGUAUUACCUACUUCAAACAAACUAGAUAAGCUCAAGUCCUUCAAAAUGGAUCAAAAUUCAACUAUCUGCUGUGAUUUAAGUGUUUCAUAUCUUCACAUUGAUAUCUCAUAGAAACUCCUUAUUUUCACCAUCACCUUAAGAACAUGUCCAAGGCGCACUUUAGCUUCUCACAGUAAGCUUACACCAUUCACUUGCACAUUUGUUAAUUCUGACUACAAUGUCUCAUAAACUCCUCAAACUGUGGAGACAGGAAAGAACAAACUUCUACUGUGUGCCAAAACCUGCCCUUUGACCAUUUAUGGUCCUGACAGAGUUUAGAGGAAACAUUCAGGAGUGUUGUUGACAUGUAUACUUUUUCUACAGCCCCGCCGUAUUUGACUGCAUCUUACCUCAACUGUGCUAAAAUGAUUGGCUUCACUGUGCAGAUUUACAUGUGCAUGAGUGUACAUGUGUAAAGUCUUAGUCUCUUCUAAAAAUGUAUGUCUCAGAGGCCAUUUUUUUUUCUUUCUUUUUUUUUGAAUAAGAGCUUCCACUGUGCUGACUUCUUUGGCUAGACUGCUCCUCUCACUUGGUAUCUACUGCUUCCAUAUCUCUUCAGUCUGAAUGUUGACUUUAAAGGAGAGCGCCUUGCAAACUAGUAGGGAUUACAACACCAAUGAUGGAAAGCUGAAACACCUUUUGCUAGAAAUUUUAAGGAAAAAUGUAAUUUCUGGAUUCUUUGUGGCAUGGUCGCCUGUCAACCAAAGUCUUAUAAAACAUGGCACACAUGCACAAAAUAGUUCAAAUAUUGCCUAAGACUGUAGUGAUUGUCACAGGUUGAGCAUUAAAUUUUACACAAUGCCAGACAGGCUAAUUUCAGGAGUCGCAAAAUGAUUGCAGCUCUUCUUGCUGUGAGUUUGCAGCUUAUUGUGUUUGUUUCACUUUGUGCUCGACUGUGUUUUUGGAAAUGAAUGGAGCUUCAGCUAGGUGUAGAAGUGCCCUUAUCCUGUACCUCGCUCUAUCGUUCCUCUUCCGUCUGACAAACUAAACAGCGCAGAUCUUUGCUAAUGUCCAUACUCGUGCAUUUUGUUCAUCACCUCUGCUCACGUCAAUGUUCAGCUGUAACCAGGAAACACACAAACACUCAAGCCGAAGUACCUUUUGUAACCUUUUCUAGCACAACAGUGCUUGUUCUAGGACUGCUGUUGCACAGUGGACUGUUAGAUACACUUCAGAAUAAUUUCCCAGGUUCAGGUUUCUGUUUGGCCUCACAGAGUGCCCCUCCAAUGUUUGAAAAACCCCUCUGACUUAAACUCAGUCUUUUCAGUUCCUUAAGUACUGCUGUAGCAUCCUUCUGGAGUGGCUGAAGGUCUCUAAUGUUGCUUUAACAGUUUUCUUGUAUGCCUGUUAUUUAGACCUCUUCAUGGGUUUUGCUUGCAAUGCAAUUGCAUUUUUUAUAUUAUUACUAACAGUACAGUAUUUUUCUAUGUCUGAAUAAUGUACUUAAACAUGCCACUGUCAUUUUUGUAUAUCUGCACCCCUGCUCUCUUUAAACUUGUAGUGCCCUUAUGCAAACACCCCAGCCAUCGCUUCUUCUGCUGUAGGUGAUCUGAGGACUUUUGCUUCUUUUUGUUGCUCCGCAGCGAUGUAUUGAUGGAUUCAUGACAGUGCUAAACCUCCAUAGGACACAAAUGGAAAUGAUGGUAGACACAAGAUUGGACUUUUUGCUUUCAUUUUGCUGACUUUUUUCUUCUACUGUACUGUAUAAGGACUCUCAGAACGUCAGAGAGGCGAUGUUGAAUCAGACAAAAGUAAACGAUGACCAAUAUGCAAGAGGAAAGACAAAACACACUACUGCUGUACAGGGAGGUUUUCUUUCAGUUUGCAUACAUGUAAUCACUGAGAUGACAAGACUAGCAACAUUGGUUUGUAUUUUAUUUCAGGCUUGAUAAUAUCCUAUAAAUGUCACCUUGGUCAGUUUUUGUCUUGUUUUUUUUUUUUUGUCAUUGGACAGUUGUAAUAUUUGCAAGUUGUGGUCUGUGUAGUCAAAAUAAUUCUUUAUGUAGUGCAGGACAAUUGUCUUAAAAAGUCAUUUGUAAUUUAUUGGAUUACUUUCUAUGAAGUUCUAUAGAGGAAAUUGAGGUUUAAUUAUUUUUAUUAAACAUAUUCUUCUGACUAUCA